AUGUCGGAUGGUGAAGGAAUGGAGCGGAUUUGGGCUUAUUUAUCUCCUCUGAUCAGCUCCCUAAGGUAUUCAACCAAGACUCAUAGACUUGUGGCAUUAGAUCUACGGUCUUCCCAUCACAAUGAUACUGGUAAAACAAAUUCAAUCAGAUUGCUCUUAGAUCGUGGUAAACAGGUGGAAGAAGCAAUGAAAACUGCCCUUGAAAAACUUAAGGAAAUCGAAGACAAUUUUGGUCACUCCACAGUUUACUUGGCUAACCAAUGGAUCCGACAAAGAGAGUGUCAACUAUCGGCGAUGGAGACUGAGUCUGAAAGAGAUAUGAUGAGACAAGUUGAGGAACUUGUUGAGUUGGAAGACCAACUUCGGGAUACACACAACACAAUUGUAUCAUUAAGAGCCAAACGUAGGCGUGAUCGAACCAGCGAGGAACAAAGGCAGCUUCAUGGACUACCAGACACAGUUGUAUCGUUGGAGGAACAAAUUGAUCAGGUUAUCAGUGAGCUUGGAUCUGAAGCAUUUCGAGGUCUUCCAGGAGCCUCUGAUGCAGAGACAAAGGCUCUAAUAAGGUUGAAAGUGAGCAAAUCCAAACUAUACAAGGCCAAAGUGGGGGUUUUGGAAGUCCAGAAGAGAUGGGAUCAAAGGGGAUCAGGUACACGCAUGCAAGCUAGGUUCAAGAAAUUGAUGAGUUCCAAGGUCAAGCUUCUGAAGAGCAAGUGGACAUCAUACUGCAACCGAGCCACCAUCUACAAUGAAAACUAUAUGCCAGAGAUCGACAUUGGAACACCUACAUUUGAAGAAAUCAAGUCAAUGGGCCUGGAUGAUCAUUUUUGGGAUAUGGGUUCUCUUUUGCAUCCAAAUGAGCCUUGGGCAAUUGAUCCAAAUGUGCGAGAAGGGAUUGAUGCACUCCUUACAUCCACCCAUUGCAAAGACGAGCUGCGAAGGAUUUCACGAGAGGCACGACAAGCAGUCAAGUGGGCUAUUGAUAGGUCAAACUCUCUGGAAAAUCUUUAUGACUUGUUAGACCCAGUCUGUCUACUGCUCACUAGCCAAAAGUCACAGUCGAGUUUUGAUGACAUGGAACGCCAGCUGCUUUGA